AUGGCCAACCCUAGACAACGAUCCAAAGCGAAAUCGCACAAAUCUACCAGACCCAGUAUCCACAGGAUACGGAAGUUGCAUCAGAAGCAGAGACGGGCACCUCCCUUGAAAGGUCCAGAGGUGUUGCAGAAUGGUUGGGAUAAGAAGAAGACGGUUUUCCAGAAUUACGCAGCAUUAGGUUUAUUACCUUCCAUUCCCAUCCCCUCGUCAGCUUCUUCCUCUCGAUCUCAACGAGUCAAGUUACCCAUUGUACCUGCUGCUGAAGAGGAAGCACAACCGAAAGUGGGUUUCGGUAGGAUCAUAAGGGAUGAAGAAGGGAAUGUGAUUGAUAUCAUUAUUGAUGAGGAUGAGGAGGUAAAAGACCAAGAAGGGAAUGUUCCGUUUGAAGAGGAAGAGGGGGAGAGGGAGAAGGUACAGGGUAAAACGGAGGUUGUAAGGCAACUCGAAGCAUUAUCAUCAACUUCCGCACCAGUCAAGAGACACAGCUCGACAUCCGAGAAAACAUGGUUGAUCAACCUUGUCCAGAAAUACAAUGACGAUUACGAGAGUAUGGCGAGGGAUAUGAAAUUGAAUGUAUGGCAGAAGACCAAAGGUGAGAUCAAGAGGAUGGUCAAUAAAGCUGGUGGGGUAGAGAAAUUGAGGAAUAGUUCUUGA